GCGGCAGCCACUUUAAUGUCCCCGAGGCGACACCUGUCCCUCCUCCCUUCCCUCGCCCCCGCGAUCGCCUCCCGUAAAGCCGCACCAACUCUCUCCCAACGCUUUCUCCCCUACACAUCCCCCGAUGCUCCCCUCCGGUUUUUCUAAUCCUUGGAUUAGAUUUCCCCUUGCUAAUUUGGGUAUAAUACCCCCAAGUAAUCACACUCGCCAUCCUGUCGCUUCCGCUGCUUCUUUAUAAGUCAAGCCCCCCUGCCGCGGCGCUGCUCUUCGUCGGUCGUGUUGGGGAACAGAGACUGCCGCUGCUGCGGAGUUUUGGUGAGAUUUGGGGGGAAUUUCGGUGGCUUUUGGAGCGGAGGUGGGUGAGGGUUGAGUGGGAGGAGGGAGAUGGAGAUGCCGGGAGGGAGCGGGGCCCCGGCGCUGGCGAGGCAGGGGUCGAUCUACUCGCUGACGUUCGACGAGUUCCAGAGCGCGCUCGGCGGCGCCGGGAAGGAUUUCGGGUCCAUGAACAUGGACGAGCUGCUCCGCAACAUCUGGACGGCUGAGGAGUCCAACGCCAUAGCGGCUGCCGCGACGGCUACGACGGCCGUGCCGGCCUCCAAUGUCGACGCCCAGCCGCCGCAGCCGCAGCAGCAGGCCAUCCUGCGGCAGGGCUCGCUCACGCUCCCUCGCACGCUCAGCCAGAUGACGGUCGACGAGGUCUGGCGCGACAUCAUGGGCUUUUGCGACGACGAGCCGGAGGCCCCUGUCCCGGCGCAACUGCCGGCGCAGGCGCAGCGGCAGCCGACGCUGGGGGCCAUGACGCUCGAGGAGUUCCUGGUGCGCGCCGGCGUGGUGCGGGAGGACAUGGGGGGCCAGACCGUCGUGGUGCCGGCGCGGGCACAAGCUCUGUUCCCUCAGAGCAAUGUGGUCACGCCGACCAUGCAGGUGGGGAACGGGAUGGUGCAUGGAGUCGUUGGGCAGGGGGCUGGGGGAGGGAUGACUGUUGCGGCGCCGGCGACGCCGGGUGUGCUGAAUGGGUUUGGGAAGGUUGAGGGCGGGGAUCUGUCAUCGCUGUCUCCGGUGCCGUAUCCCUUUGACAGUGCGAUGAGGGUGAGGAAAGGACCUACCGUCGAGAAGGUGGUCGAAAGGAGGCAGAGGCGCAUGAUCAAGAACAGGGAGUCAGCUGCCAGGUCCCGCCAGCGGAAGCAGGCUUAUAUAAUGGAGUUGGAAGCUGAGGUGGCAAAACUGAAGGAGCAUAAUGAGGAAUUACAGAAAAAACAGGUGGAAAUGCUAAAGGAGCAAAAGAAUGAGGUUGUAGAGAGAAUCAGCCAGCAACUUGGACCAAAGGCAAAGAGAUUUUGCUUGCGACGUACGCUGACCGGUCCAUGGUAGCCUGAAGGUCAUACAACUUUGACAACAGUUGAGAUGGUUGGCUUCCUUAGAUGUAAAACCAGUGUAUAUAUCAUAUGAAGUCAGAAUCUCCAGUUACCGCAGUAGACCGCAGCUUCACCCCUACUCCUUCGUUGAUCUUCCAGUUUCUUUAGUUCAUUCCUGGUGGCACUUACUUCCUAGGUUUUAGCUUGUCUGUCUUCGAAUGAACAAAAGAGAACUAUCUAAUCUGUUUAAUUCCCUAUCUAUUUGGCAUGACAGAAUCAUGCAUGCCAUUUGUCUUUGCUGGAUGCAGCCGUGCAGCUGCUUGGUAUGUUGUUGAGUUCAGAUACCAUCCUGUGAUAGUUCAGUGAUUACCCCGUAGUGGUAGAUCAUUUGGUUUCACUGACCUGCCUGUAAUUGCAGUUCACAGUUACUCAUAAAUGCAGGCGCUGACCUGCCUGUAAUCUGACUUUACAGUCCCCUUUCUUGGCGACGUUAAUGAUAAAUGAACAAAGCAUGUAGCUGCUGUGCUUGGUUAAUAA